GCAAGAAGACUUCUGCUUACCUGUCAGUUGCAGUCACAGCUAUAUUCAUGUGUAAUAAUCUUGUAUUCGUCAUUUGUUAGUCUGACCCCUGUCCUGACAGGAGGGAGUAUCUUGAGUUAUUUGUAGUAUUUGUUUAAGUAUGGACAGCGAGGGGAGAAAAGUGGUGGUCUGUGACAAUGGGACAGGGUUUGUCAAGUGCGGCUUUGCUGGCUCCAACUUCCCCGACCACAUCUUCCCCGCCCUGGUGGGUCGACCAAUCAUACGAUCAAACACAAAAGUGGGCAACAUUGAGAUAAAGGACCUGAUGGUGGGUGAUGAGGCCAGUGAAUGUCGCUCCAUGCUGGAGGUGUCGUACCCAAUGGAGAACGGCAUGGUGCGCAACUGGGACGACAUGCUCCACCUGUGGGACCACACCUUCGGUCCCAGCCGCCUGAACAUCAACCCAUCAGAGUGCAAGAUCCUGCUGACUGAGCCGCCCAUGAACCCAACCAAAAACCGGGAGAAGAUCACAGAGGUCAUGUUUGAGAAGUACCAGUUCCACGGCAUUUAUAUGGCAAUUCAGGCUGUGCUCACUCUGUACGCUCAGGGUUUACUGACCGGUGUGGUCGUCGACUCGGGGGAUGGUGUCACCCACAUCUGUUCGGUGUAUGAGGGCUUUUCUUUACCCCACCUCACGCGCAGGCUGGACAUUGCAGGACGUGACAUCACACGCUACCUCAUUAAGCUCAUGCUUCUCCGGGGUUACGUCUUCAACCAAACGGCCGACUUUGAGACAGUACGUAUGUUGAAGGAGAAGUUCUGCUAUGUGGGAUACGACAUCGAGCAGGAGCAGCGCCUGGCCACAGAGACCACCGUCCUGGUCGAGUCGUUCACGCUCCCUGACGGCAGGCAGGUGAAGGUGGGUGGAGAGCGGUUCGGGGCCCCUGAAGCUCUCUUCCAGCCUCAUCUCGUCAACGUGGAGGGAGCCGGAGUGGCUGAGCUGCUGUUUAACACCAUCCAGGCUGCAGACAUUGACCUCAGGUCAGACUUCUAUAAGCACAUUGUUCUGUCAGGAGGGUCCACCAUGUACCCCGGCCUCCCGUCCAGACUAGAAAGAGAGAUCAAGCAGCUCUACCUGGAGAGGGUGCUGAACGGAGACACGAAAAAACUAUCAAAGUUUAAGAUCCGCAUCGAGGACCCUCCCAGGCGUAAACACAUGGUGUUCCUGGGCGGCGCGGUGCUGGCCAACAUCAUGAAAGACAAGGACUCCUUCUGGUUGAGCAGGGCAGAGUACGAGGAAAAAGGCCUGGGCGUGCUGCAAAAACUGGGAGUUGGAGUCAAAUAAAAAUAAAACGGGAAACAUCUUCUCCUAAACAUUUCAGUUUUUAUUUUAACGUCAUGCUGGAGGAAAAAGUUUGAAUCCAAUUUACUUAGCAGAAAAUGGCUCUCCUUUAUUCAUGCAAUCGAUUAAUCAAUUAGUCGACUGGCAAAAAGCUGACAGCAAUUUUGAUGAUCAUUUCAUUGGCAUUUAUCAAGUCUAAAAGCCAAAUAGUCUCUUGUUGCAGCUCCUCACAUGUGAAUAUUUGCUGCUUUUCUCUGUUUAUAUCAUUGCAAACAUAUUGGCUUUUGGGUUGUUUUUUGUUGAGACAAGCAAGUUGAAAAACGUAAUGGGAAUUUUUUCGCUAUUAAUGACAUUUUAUAGACUAAUUACUUGACUCAUCUUCAAAAUAAUCAUUUCUAUUACAAAUAAUUGAUAGUUUCGGCCUUAAUCCCUGCUGAGGUGAAGUUUUAUAACAGUAAGACCCUUUUUGCUAAUACAUGUACAGCAUAGUCUAAGUCUCAGGUCAUCUGUUUGUUGCUUCCACAACAACUGACCAUAAGCUGGGCAGCACUCCAGGCUGAUGAGGUAAGCAUAAGAGGAUUUUGAGGAGGUGGUUUAUUUUGCAUAUUUUACCAUAAAUCUGUUUGGCACACACUGAACACACACACACACAGUAUAUGGAUACCUGAAUCUUUUAUGAACUUUUUUUUUUAAUACACUGUGACUGAUAAAUCUAAAUUUUUGCAUUUGUGGACAUUGUUUUUCUGUUGUUUAAACUGGGUCUCUAAUUAAUGUCAAGCCCAUUAAAUAAAUGUCAAGCACAUUAUCUAAACUCAUAGUGUGCCCAGAGCUCCUGGGACUUUGUAAAAGGCUACUAGAAACAAAAUAUGCUGGAAAACACCACGGAUUUUGGGAAAUGUGAAAUGUUUAAAAUAGUAAACCUGUCAAACUAGACUGAAACUGAGUAAUUUUAUAUUUAAUUGUUAUUUCUCAAAAUAAUUAUAAACAAUGCAACUUCUUUACCUUGAUAUAUAUAUUUUUUUGCAUUUGUGCAAAAUAUCUGUCUUAAUACCCUAUCAGAAAAAUGUCUUUCUAAGAUGCUUUUAAAUAAAUCAAACAUGCCAAUUAAAA